AUGGCGUCCGACGAGAUUAUCUGGCAAAUCAUCAACCAGCAGUUCUGCAGUUUCAAACUUUCCACAGAGAAGAAGCAGACGUUUUGCAGAAACGAGAACAAUGUCACAGGUCUCUGCAACAGACAAUCAUGCCCGCUGGCAAAUUCCCGUUAUGCCACCGUUCGACGCGCUCCGAACAAGGACACACUGUACCUUUACAUGAAGACGAUCGAACGUGCGCACAUGCCUUCGAAGCUAUGGGAGCGCAUCAAGCUGCCCAACAACUACGCCAAAGCCCUGGAGAUGCUCGAUGACAAGCUCAUCUACUGGCCCAAGUUCCUCGUCCACAAGUGCAAACAGCGUCUCACCCGUCUCACACAAGUCAACAUUCGCAUGCGCAAGAUCGCCGCCGAGGAGGAGCGCAUGGGCGAGAAGCUGGUACCGAAGAUGGCGCCCAAGAUCCGGCGCCGCGAGGAGGCCAGAGAGCGCAAGGCCGAGGCCGCCGCCAAGUUGGAGCGUACCAUUGAGCGCGAGCUUGUCGAGAGAUUACGUUCCGGCGCCUACGGCGACCAACCCCUCAACGUCAGCGAGUCGAUCUGGAGGAAAGUCCUCAACUCCAUGGAGAAGGAGGGCGCUGGCAAGCGUGAUAAGGACAUGGACCCCGGUAUGGAGUCGGAGCAGGAGGGCGAGGAAGAGGAUGAGUCCGAGGACGACUUGGAGAAGGAGGUCGAGUACGUCUCCGAUAUUGAGGAGAGUGAAGAGGAGCUCGAGGACAUUGAGGACUGGCUCCAGAGCGACGAUGACGCCGAGGAUGAUGACGAGGAGGAGGAGGAUGACGACUCUGAAGACAGCGACGAGGAGGCGGCUCGCAAGGCUGGCGACAAGCGCAAGCGCGGCCGGGCGGUCAAGAUGAACCAGAAGAGGCUGAAGCAGAAGCAGGAGGAGCGCCCCAAGAUUGCGGAGGAAUUGACCUGUGAUCCAUGCUUCACCGAGACUUACUCGAGCCGGGGGGCGCUCGGUGAAGACAAAGCACCUCAAUUACUUUCGUGCCCCGGAGCAGAGCUCUUUACCCCAACCCGUCCGAAAACAGUCGAAAACAGCGCCUUUUGCCUCUCUGCUUUUGCCCCGCAGGAUCCUCGCGGCAAGGAACAAGGCACGAUGUCAUCUUGGUACUCGAGGAUCCUCACCAACACCACCUCUCAGAUCUCGAACCUGCAGAGUCGCUUGUUGCAGAGCGAAAACGACGGCGACACUGAAGACGACACCCACGUGUGCAGAGUCCUUAGAGGCUACUACACCGAGAAAGGCCGUCCGUUCCCAGGCUGGUUGCCGCCCGACCCAAAGGCACCACCCCCAGCAGCGCCCGUCUACGCCCAACCAGCCCAGCAAGUCGGCGCACGAUACGGAGGUCUGCAGCAGCAACAGCAAGCUGGUCCUGCGACGGGCUUGAGCUCUCUGUGGGACAAUAAUGGCGGCGCGCAGCAGAGGCAGGACACGAUGAGCCUGCGGCAAGGCCGCGGAGCUCCCCCGCCGAUGCGAGGCGCCGAGCAGCAGCCCGCGCGACUGAGCCCCUUUGCCCGAGCCGGAGACAAUGGACGCGAAGAGGUGCAGGCACGACCUCUGCCCAGUCAGCGAGCGGGCAGUUAUCAGCAAAGUGCGGCAUAUGGAAGAGACACGACGAACACACCGCCGGGCAGCUCAGCGGGCGGCUCAGCACAGGAUCGGCUUAAGCAGCGACUAUGGGGAGGUGCGAGAACAACCAGUCCGGCGUCUGGAGGUCAAGGACCAUUCCAACCACCGACGGGCAGAGGCGGGAGCGGUGACUACGAAGACCGAUUUGCUCCCGGCGGCAUGUACGUUGGGAAUGGAGGCGGCGGUGGUGGUGGUGGAGGAGGCGGAGGUAGGCCAUUUGUGGCAUCCAACUCUCCGUGGUCGAACAACGAUCCUGGCUAUGGUGGAGGCAGCGGCGGCGGCGGUGGCAGUGGUGGGCGAACAGGACUGCCUGCUGGCCCAAGACGUCAAGAAUACGCCUUGAGGAUGAUGGGUUCUUGUUCGGGGGUUCUUCAUUAUGAUGCGGGCGUUCGCAGUCAAGAUGCUUGGCGGGCCGGAGUCAAGUUGUCGACAGUCGGCUUAGUGCAGAAUGCGGAUGUUGCUUGGAGACAUGUAUCCGGAAAGGUGCGAGAGCAGAGCUGA